AAAACAACAAUGAUACAUUUCUAUUGGCUGGUUGGAAAGUGACGAGCGGUCUGCUCUAAAGGACCAAUGAACCGCAGGAGAGCGCCUCGGCGCAUCUCUCACUCUCAGAGGAGGGAUGCAACAUCAGGAGGAGAAUGGAGAAAGAGGAAUGAUGAGCAGUGGCGAGGCCAAGGCAAAGCACAGGUGAGAGAGGUGGAGGAGGAUGAAAGACGUGACCAGGAUGGGAAAGAAAGCGUGCCCAGGGGGACCUGCCAGACCAUGUGUCCCGCCCGUGAGCUGCGGGAUCGUGAGGUGCAGAACUGCCUUCACCGUUUUGAGAUGUUGUCAGGAACUGAAAGGGAUAGACGGCCCAGAGGAGACCCUUUGCGUGCUGUCAAAGAGUAUUCCAGACCAGCAGCUGGGAAAGACUCAACAAAAUCCACUGACCUCCGUCCACCUGCUGUGCUGCUGAAAACUGUGUGUUUCCUUAUUGAUGACAUCGCUGCCUCUCCUCGCCUGCAUCCUUGGACUGAGGUGUACAGCUUUGUCUUUGAUCGGCUGCGUGGCGUGAAGCAGGACAUGAUCAUCCAGAGGGUGUCAGGGUUGGACUGUGUGGCCAUUUUAGAGCGGACAGUGCGUUUCCUCAUCUAUGCCUCUUAUCGGCUUUGUGGUGAGCCCUUGCGGCUCUACGACCCACGCAUCAACGACACACACCUACAGGAGAAUUUGAGCUGGCUUUUGGAUUGCUAUGCAGUGGGAGAAGGACCGCAUCCGAACCAGGAAGAGUUCCAGGCUCUUGGUCUGCUGUACAACUUGGGUUCAGCUCGUGCCACGCAGCACAUCAUGGAGCUUCCUGAGCGGCUCCGCAGCUCCCCUGCUGUCACACUGGCUCUUUCCAUCAACAGAGCUUUCCUGGAGCGAAACCCCGUACGUUUGCUCAGACUAGCUCGGAGGUUGAACUUCCUACAAAGCUGUGCGCUGCACCGUCACCUGACAGCAUGUCGCAGAGAUCUGCUACUAAUAUACAGCCACGGAUACAGCAGCCGCAACUGUCGCUUUCCUCUUGACGGACUCGCUCGGCUCUUGUCCCUGGACACAUCACUCACAGCUCGAUUCUGUCAGGUGUAUGGAGUGGAGGUCAACCAGGACAACCAAUUGGUCUUCUCAAAGGCUGCUUUCACUGAGCCUGAACAAGGGAAACUGCACUGCAACCUGUAUCACAGCAUAGUGGCAGAGAAACAGAGAGACCUCAGUAUUGGAAACAUCAUUCACGGUUGCACUUAGAACAUAUAAAGGGAGGAAAUCCGGAAUAAAAAAUAAUGUGAUGCAUUACUGGUAUUCUUAGGAAAAUUGACUGAUUGACUUGAUUGUCUGUUUCCCUGUGAAGGGAAUGACUCCUGUCCCUCCACUGGGAGACAUAUUCCUAGGAAUACCAGUGCCACUGGUGGGGUUUUAAUGUCUAUUUUAAGGACAUCUCAGCAGUGGUCUUUCUUUGCUUGCUUUCCUUUUAUUGGAUUUGAGCCUUGGUGUUCAACAUAAGGGUCAGGACUUUUGUUGAGCUAAUGAUGUGCCAUAUUCCACUUCAGAGGCCGAACUCAGAGAAAGGUUCCCUCUUUGUUCUAGAGGUGCUUUUACUUCCUGUUCAUGCACUGUUUAGUUCAAAGAUGUGAAUUGCUGGUAUAUUGUUACUUUUUACUGAUUAUGUUGUUGCUGUUCACAGCUGGGGCAGGCAGCUCUCUGGAAAAAGGCAAAAAAUAAAUAAAAUAUCUGCCAGAAUUUUAAUAUACAGCCCUCCUACUGCAGCUCUAGCCCCUCCCAAGACAAGCAUGGGCAUAUGCACAUGUUUCAUACAGUCACCUGUUUGAGUGUAAGUCAUUAAUUUCAGUCACCUGGAUCAGGACUGGGAUCCUAAUGACAUAUCACCUGCUGUUGUUGGCCCGUAAAGCCCCUUGAGAUGACAGACUGUCAUAUGAGGCUCUAGCUAGCUACAUAAACAUGAAUUUUAACUGGCAGCAGCUGUGACUCUGACUUUAGUUAGCAGAAGGUUCAUCUUUUUUUUUAAACACUUGGCAGAUAUUGACAACUUGAAUUGCAAUAUGAAAGAUUGUCAUUUAGUUUUUAACCAAUGGUGUAAAAAAAAAAAAAGAAAAGAAAAGUCACUAUUUUUGUGAAGCACUUAAGAAAACCUCCUGAAAAAUCUACUGUGCACAGUAUUCAUUUAUUCUCAUCAAUGCAGUACCUCGGAAACAUUUCAAUAAAUUUUGUUACUUAAAAGAGAAA